UUCAAGGAGGUUUUAUAUUUUAUUAUUGUUUUUGUUUGGCAUUCGAGGGCUGAAGCAGACUGAAGCGGUUCUGUCUGAGGUGGCAGAAAUGGAUUUUACCGCUGAAAAUGUGGAGGUUGCCGUGCGCCAAUUUUACUUGUCAAGCAGCACGUUGCAGGCCCAAACCCAUCAAUGGCUCGUGUCAGCCCAGACUUCAAAGGAGGCCUGGUCUUUUGUCUGGCCCCUUCUUGCGCUUGAUAAAGCUUCAGAAGUUCAGUUUUUUGGAGCUUCCACCCUUCAAGCAAAAGUUUCAAAAUUUUGGGCUGAAGUCCCACUUGCGGAUAUGGAGGGUUUGAGGAAGAGGCUACUGGAAGUGAUUUUAAUGCAUCAAGCAAACAAGCUUGUGCUCAGUCGACUCUGCAUAUCAAUGGCAAUGUGUGCUCUUCAGUCAAUGCCAUCAAACUGGGAAGAUCCCAUCACUGACAUUUUGGUCACUUUCCAACCAGCUAGUAUACCAAAUAUACCACCUGAAAACUUGGCUACCAUAGUUUUAGAAAUACUGACGGUGCUUCCUGAAGAGUUCCAAACAAUGCAUUUAGCCCAAGGUAGAAAAGGGGAAGUAAGACACAAACUGCAAACCAGCAUCCCAAAGGUAUUUAUUACCUUGGAGGAGUGUUUAAAAUCGGAUAUCCUUUGCUUGAGAGCAGUAAACUGUUUUAAAUCAUGGGUGCAGUUUGGGACGCACUUACCAGAUCUUGUUAAAAUUGCCGACAUCAUCUGUCAGGUGGCUGAAAAAAGCCUGUUUGUUGACCCCGAACUGCCAGACGCUUCGGUUGAUGCUUUGUUAGCUGUAAGUUCACAUCCAGAAUGCGGAAAGUAUCCUUCAAUAUUACUCAAUAUGACUGACAAGUGGCUGCGGUUGCAUCACUUGGCCAGACAACAUCAGGAAAGAGACAUUGAAGUGGAGGCUUCUGUUGAUCGCUUGCUAGUGAUGGUGGCUGAAACCCACGCAAACCUGAUUUUAAAGGCUUUGGUGGCACCAGAAAUGGGCGGCCUCUCUGUCGAUAAAACUUGCAAAGAUGCUGCUGUGCAGCUGGUCAAAGUAGCUCUUGAUUGCAGCGCUACGUCUGGAUAUUUUCCAAUUCACGAAACUUCCAGUGAACUACCGUUCAGCUUUUGGUACUUGCUCCAGGACAAUAUGUCAUCUCUGACAGUUGAGGCAUAUCCAAUUGUUAAGCAAGAACUUCUGCCGGUUUACUCAAGUCUGACAGAAACUUUGCUGAUGAAAUCUAUGCUUCCGGAAAAUCUGGAUUCCUGGAGUUCUGAGAACAAAGAAAGAUUCCGGUGCUACCGACAAGACGUAGCAGACACUAUGAUAUACUGCUACAAUGUGUUAGAAGAAAAUAUGCUUCACCUACUGCACGGCCACUUGUGCCAGGCUCUGGACAAAUGUGCCGCAGACAAGACUCAGUGGCGGCCUCUUGAAGCCUGCUUUCAUUCAUUUUAUUCCGUAUCAGAAACAGUUAGCUAUGAUGAAAACGUCUACUUGCCGCAGCUGUUCAACUCUCUUCAUAGAAUACCAUCUGGAUGUCAUCCUAAACUCAUAUCCUCCGCACUUGAUCUGAUAGGUGCUUAUGCAGAAUGGAUCAAUAAACACACCGAUGUUCUGCGUCAAGUGGUGCCAAUUCUGGUCAUGGGUUUAAAAGCCCAAGAGUACGCUACAUCUGCCACCAUGGCACUCAAGGACCUCACACGUGACUGUCAGGUGAGCAUGGAGCCAUUUGCGGAGAUGAUCAUUCAGGCUGCCAAAGAAGCCCUCGACUCUGGCCGGCUUCUACACAAUGAAAACAUCCGGCUUAUGUAUCCGCUUGGAAAAGUUCUUUCAUGCUUGCCUCCCCAGGCGAUAUUUCGGCAUCUUCAGCAAAUAAUUGGCCCGUACCUGGAGGAAUUGCAGCGUCUGCUUGGGGAGCAGAGCACCCUUCCAGAAGUCAAAACCAAGAUCGUUUUGCGCAUCAAGAUGUUCUCCAUGCUCUUUGCAACAUUGGAGCCAAUGCCGGAAGGUGCGCUGGGAGAAGGAGAGCAACAACCCGUGGUGCUAGUUUUGCACAUGCUUCUGCCCGUAUUUGAAAGAGUGACUGUGAUAUGGGGCGAUGAUCCUAUUGUUAUUGACGCAAUUUGUUCGGCCAUAAAAUGCUCCGUGCAAAAUUUACUAGACAAUUGCCAACCGCUCUUGCCAGCGAUGCUGAAUUUGCUGCUGCAGAUGUUUAAGAAAAAUCCACAGCCAUCUGCGCUGGAUCUGGCCCAGCAGUUCCUCAUUUUAUUUGGCGCGAGCGAGUGUCAGCUGAUGCAAACUUUGCUGAGCGAAAUGGUUCUUCUCACACUGCAAUUUUGUUCUGGAAAUGCCGCAGAACACACAGACCUUGUCGAGUCAUUGAUGCACGUACUGGCACAAGUGCUAAAAAAGUCGCCGCAAUUGUUCCUUAACUCAAGCCUAGGACUGCCAGUCUUGUUUCAUUUUGCUAUUCUGUCUCUUGGGAUGGCUGAGAGUUCAACUGUGAAAGCAGCUGUUUCAUUCCUCAGUAGUUUCAUAGCGCAAAGCAGAGAAAUGCAGCCAUUGCAAAACGUGGUUCAUUCCCAGGGAGAGGAGCUUGUUCGGAAAAUUUUGGCUUGCAUUGGAGGCGAAAGCCCUAGAUCGAUUGCGGAUAUGAUGUCAGAUUUGCUUCUGGCUUUAAACAAGAAAUAUUUUGAUUAUCAAACGCGGUGGCUGCAGCAGCUUAUGUCAAUCGAAGGAUUUCCAUCUGCCAAAGUCAGCCAAGAAGUGAAGCAAAAUUUUGUGAAAUCAAUACUCAAGGAAAGAGCAAACAAGAGGAAGAUGCAAGAAAAUGUGAGGGAAUUUAGUCUAGCCUGCCGAGGAAUGUUUGGAGGUGACAACGUUUCAAUUUCUUGCUAUUUCUAAGAUUCCUCGAUUCAAAAGAAAAACAAUUAAGUAGCGCCUACCAAAAAGACAAAUUUAACCAUUUUAUCUAGGCUGUGGAUAGCAGCUAAUUUUAAAUCAUAAUCAUCAAAAUGACACUAUUCUGUGAACAAAAUUCCAUGAUUUAAUAUAUUAGACUCAACAUAAUGUCUUCUC